AUGCAUCGCAAAACUGCAGAAGCUUUUUUGGAUUUGAAUGACAAAUUGCAGAAGCACAAUGAAACUGUUUUGUCUGAAAGAACUUUAAAUGGCCAAAUUCUCUCCACACUAGGUAAAGAAUAUGACAAUUUCAAGGACCUGCGGGAUACGAUUCCAUCUGAAAAUCAAAGUGUAGGCCACUGGGCAGCAGAGUGUCCAACGAAAAAGAAAGAUAAUCUUCGCAUCAAUCAUUCCAAAAAGAAUAUGGAAAAUAAUGUUGCAUUUUUGUCACAAGUUUUUAGUGCUUCAGUCGAAAACUGUGUUGGAAUUGGCAGUUGGUCCUGUGACAGUGGUGCCACAAAUCACAUCACUCCAAAUAAACGAUAUUUCAUAUCAUAUACGAAAUUCGCCAUCCCUGAAAAGAUUUCUAUUGGGAAAAAAGGUGUGAGCAUGUUGGCUGGUGGACAGGGAACUAAAAAUGGUGCACUGAAAUAUGUGCUUUAUGUUCCUGAAGCAGGUGCUCACUUGUUCUCUGUCAAAGCAGUUGCACAAAGAGGUUUUUGCCCUAGACUUGGUGACAAAAGUGUUGAAAUUGAAGACAAAGCGACUGGGCAAACAGUGAUGACUGGGCAUGUCACCCAUGGUCUCUAUGUUCUUGACACAUGUGUCAUUAAAUCAAUACAGCCUGCUGAAGUGAAUUUUGUGACACUGUCAGAUAUGCUGCAAGUUUACCAUGAGAGAUUUGGACAUCAACACAAACAGCACAUAAAAUGUACCUUGAAGCAGUUACAGGUGAACAAAUCCAUGCUGUCUACAGAGUCUCUCAGAAAAGCUUGCUAUUACAUAUGUUUCAAAGGUGAUUUUAGCAAGUUCCAUAAAAUUUUCUUUCUUAAGCAAAGAGGUGAAGUCAGCACAGUCCUGGAACAAUUCUUGAACGAAGCCAAGACAAAUGGUCAUGCUGUCAACCAGUUCAGGUGUGAUGGAGGAAGAGAGUUCUAUAAUAAGAAAGUCUCAGAAUUGCUGGCAAGCAGAGAAAGAGAAAAUCACACUGUUUUGGAGUGUGCACGUUUUAUGUUGAAUCCCAGUAAAUUGCCAAAGCAACUGUGGCCAGAAGCUUGCAAUACUGCUGCAUAUCUUUUUAAUCACACUGGGAUGCUCUCUACAGAAAGCAAACCUCCAUAUGAACUGUGGGUCACCCUAACCAGGCUUCUGAUGAGAAAAAGUAAUCAGAAGCUGUCAGCCAUGAUGAGAGAAAAAAGUGAAGUGGAAGAAGACUUGGAGACAAUGUCAAGUUCCAGAGGAAGUAAUAAGGAGGAAGAAGAUUUGGAUAUGGUAUCCAGUUCUGGAAGAAGCAAAGUUUUGAGUGAGAAGCAAAAGCAAGAAGAAGAAACAAGAAUGGAUGGCCAGUGGAGAUUAUGUUGGCUGGAGGCCAUUCAUGAAGGAUUACUGGAGGCCAUUCAUGAAGGAUUGAAGCCCCCGAAAGAGAAUAAUACAUGGAUAUUAGUUGAGCGUCCAAGUGGUGUACAGAUUUUGCAAAAUCGGUGGUUCUUACAGAAGAAAACUGCAGAAAACAGGAAAUUUUGCUUCAAGGGUCGACUUGUGGCCGAAGGACACGCACAAAGACAUGGAAUUAACUAUGAAGAAACUUUCAGACCUGUCAUGCAUUAUGAUACAAUUUGA